AUGAGCAAAAACAACAGCCCGCUGCCCCCGGGCAUGGUCAUCGGCCCAGACGGCAAGCCCUGUAAAAUCUGCACCGCGUUCCGGAACUGGAAGCCCGCCGCGUCCAAGGGCUCUACCGCGUCUCCCACUCAAGCCGCAGCGGCGACCUCCAUUGCCGUUCUCGCCGCGCAGCGCGAUGUUCCACCAGCCCAAUGCCCGCCCGACGUAGAGCAACUCGGCCGCGCGACCUGGACGUUCCUCCAUACGACCGCCGCGUAUUACCCCGAUAAGCCGUCCACCCACCAGCGGGCCACCAUGCUCUCCCUGCUGCACGCGCUCCCGACGCUGUACCCGUGCUCCCAUUGCGCGACGCACCUCGGACAUGAGAUGAAGAAGAGCCCGCCCGACGUGAGUAGCAGAAACGCGCUCAGUCUAUGGCUGUGUCGGCAGCACAACGAGGUCAAUGAGAGGCUGGGGAAGGAGAGCUUUGACUGUGCGAAGACGGACGAGAGAUGGAAGGAGGGUCCUAGCGAUGGCAGCUGCGACUGA